GUGGGGCAGUGGUUUUGGCGCCUGCCACAACGGCGGUUCUCGGGACUGGGAAUCGGGUGCUGUAUAAGCUGGCCCUCGUCCCGCUAAAGCGUUAUCCCUUCUUUCUAGCGCAGCUCGCCACGUUUGGGUAUGUGGUGGUGUACUUUUCCAUCCUUUAUGGCCGUUAUCAUGCCGGUAUUGUUACAGAUGAGAUGCUUUCUUUACCCAAGAUUCCAUUCAUGGCUGUAGGAUUGCUAGAGGCUCUUGGUGCAGUAUCAGGCAUGGCAGCUGGUGCUCUUCUAGCAGGGGCAUGGAUUCCGAUAUUAUCACAGACCUUCCUUGUCUGGCAACUUCUCCUGUCAUUCUUAUUUCUAGGAAGACGAUAUCGUGCCAACCAAGUACUUGGAUGCCUGCUUGUUUCUCUGGGUGUAAUAAUAACUGUAGCUAGCGGCUCUAGUUCCGGUCUUUCAUUGCAAAAUGUUGGGAUCUUUUGGAUUCUUCUAAUGAUUGCUUCGUUUUUAUUCCAAGCUGCUGACACCGUUUUAAAGGAAAAAAUAUUUUUGGAUUCGUCUAGAAGGUUGAAGGGUGGAUCCGUUGAUAUUUUUGUUGUGAACUCUUUCGGGUCUGCUUUUCAAGCCAUGUUCAUAUGUCUUCUAUUACCUUUUCUGUCAAACUUGUGGGGAAUUCCAUUUUCUAUGCUACCGACAUAUAUUAAAGAUGGGGGAGCAUGUUUUCUCAAUAUAGGAGAACUGGCAAGCGGAUGUGAAGGAGCGCCAAUGUUACCUCUGUUAUUUGUUGUGGUUAACAUGGCUUUUAAUAUAUCAAUGCUACAUUGUCUUAAGAUCUCUUCUGCUGUGGUGUCUAGCCUUGCCUCGACUUUCUCAGUGCCUCUCUCCAUCUACGCCUUCACGCUUCCACUGCCCUUCAUAGGCACGCCAUCCCCACUGCCGACCGGAUUCGUGUUGGGCGCGGCUGUCCUCAUCGUCGGACUUCUCAUCUACACAUGGACUCCUUCACCGCCGCCGAGACCAACCACCACCCUGCCACCGGAAACAAUACUACCUCACCGCUAAAGGAAAAGAGUGUGAGUGAUCAACCCCCUCUCAGUCACAUUCUUUUCUUUUCCCUUACUGAAUAUUCAUGCAUAUCCAAUGCCUCAUCAGCGCAUAUCUCAUUGCCUCUUCUGCUGAAAUUUUCUCUGCAUUUGUUCAAUAAACGUGAGGAUAGACUGAGAGACAUCUCGUUAAAAUUUGAAGUAAAGUUAAUCAUUUUCACAAUUCUAACAGAUUCGAGUGAUGAGGGAUAUAUGAUUUACUCAUGUGGGAAGUGGGAUGUUAGAGUGAUGUCUGUCGUGAUUACUUUGUGAGGGAGGAAACAAAGGAUGAGGAGGAGAAGCAUAAUGGCUAAGGGGACGAAGAGGAUGAGCAGCGGCGGGGGUGGUAAUGGCGGCAGCACGAGCGGCAGAAGCACGAGUGCGGCCGUGAGAGCCACCAGCACCAGCACUGACCAUGCCUUGAAGUAUUUUUUCAUCAAUCUCUCUGUCUCUGUGUCACCAGCUUCCCCUUUCUUUCUUCUAGCCUAGAAAUAUAUACGCUCAAGUUCCCAAGCAAAUUGUUUCUAUAUAUAUCCGCGCAUAGAUGCGGCAUAUAAUGAGAUUGUACUGUAUGUCCCCAUAUAGACUUGGUGUUGAUUCGAGGGGAUUUUCUUCAGAUCAAUUGGGAGUGAGAAACUGAU